AUGGAGCAGCGGAAGGAGCCGGCAGCCGCCAGCACUACACCGAGCAGUGGUGGCGAGGGUGCAGCGAAUGCGCCACUCGUGGAUGCUCAGAAGCGGGAGCGAUGCUGGGCGGCUCGCGACGCCUACCACGCGUGCAUCGACGGCAGCAAGACCGGAGGAGGCGAGGAGGAAUGCGGAGCCGCCCUCCGACUCUACGCCGCCGAAUGUCCGCGCAGCUGGUUGCUGCACUUUGAGAAGCGACGAAAGGCCGACCAGGAGCGGAGCGCGAGAGAGGCUGCCUACCAGAACCGCCAGCGCGGGUGA